AUGUCAUUCAUACUGAAAGUUAUUCUUUCAAUAAGUUUCUGCUGCAACCUUAUAGGAGCCUUCGAUUCUACUUCUCAAAAAAACAUUGCUGUCUACUGGGGUCAAAAUUCAGGUGGAUCUCAAGAAUCUCUAGCCACAUAUUGUCAAUCUUCUGAUGCCGAUAUCUUUUUAUUAUCAUUUUUAUAUGAAUUUCCUUCAACAUCCUCAAAUUUUGCAGAUGCCUGUACAGAACAAUCAUCGGACGGUGACUUACAUUGCUCUCAAAUUGCCCAAGAUAUUCAAACCUGUCAAUCGCUAGGUAAGAAAGUCUUACUUUCUCUUGGUGGUUCAUCCGGUGCUUACGGAUUCACUGACGAUUCAGAAGCUGAAACAUAUGCUCAAACCUUAUGGGAUCUUUUCGGUGAAGGUUCUACCGAAAACCAACGUCCAUUUGAUACUGCUAUUGUUGAUGGAUUUGAUUUCGACAUUGAAAAUAAUAACAGUGUCGGAUAUGUCGCUCUAGUCAAUGCCCUAAGAGAAUUAUUUAAAACUGGUUCUAAACAAUACUACAUAUCAGCUGCCCCACAAUGUCCAUACCCAGAUGCAUCUGUAGGUCCAUUACUAUCAUCUGCCGAUGUUGAUUUUGCAUUUAUCCAAUUCUAUAAUAACUAUUGUAACGUGGACAGCCAAUUUAACUGGGACACAUGGGUUACAUACGCUAAGACCAUUUCUCCAAACAGUAAUAUUAAACUCUUCUUAGGUCUACCUGGAUCAUCCACUGCUGCUAGUUCCGGUUAUAUUUCAGAUUUGUCGUCGUUAAAAUCUACCAUUGAGGAAAUUUCCUCUGAUUCUCAUUUCGGUGGUGUGGCCCUAUGGGAUGCUUCUCAAGCCUUUACAAACGAAAUUGACGGUGAAACAUAUAUUCACCAAGUUAAAGAUAUCUUACAAUCAUUGGAUACCGUCUCAUCUACACAAUCCUCAUCUACAUUACAAGUUUCUUCGACAUCUUUGCUUAAGGAUGUCACCAGUUUUUCUCAGAUUUCAACUACCUCAACGAUUGCAACUACCUCAACGAUUGCAACUCCAACAUUGGAUGCUACCGUUACUACAUCUGCCAACAUAGGUCAAAUUAACGAGAAGGAUGUCCAAGAUGACAAAUCAAGUCGUCUUGCCUCCAUUUUUAGCUCAAUGGAACCCUUGAUUACCACCGAACCUGAUGCCGUUAUCAUAACUUCCACGGAAACUUCCACUAUUAUCGAUACCCCCAUUACAACCCAAACGGCCGUUUCUAGCACUACUUCCACUCCAGUCCCAAUUGCAUCCACCACAUCAGCAUCCAUCACAAAGACUUUCGUUACUUCCAGCUUAAUAACUAAUUUAGAAUCAAUUCCAACAACUUCGACCAUCAAUAAAGUUAACACUCAUCAUUCACAUGUUAAUGUUAUUGCAACUUCUGUUGAAGUGACAUCUUUAUAUGGCACAACCACAUUGGCUCCACAAGUGCAAGGCGAACCUACCAACACCAUUGAAACUACACGUAGCACCACAAUAUUAUCACCUGAACCAACCACCACUUCGGCCGUUUCUAAUGUCGAUGAUACUCCAGCACAUGCUAUAGCAAAGCAGUUAAAUGCUGACUAUAUGAAUGGGACAUUAAACGGUAAAUCUACCUGUACUCUAGGAGAAAUAGCAUGUACUUCAGACGGGAAAUAUGCCGUCUGUACGUACAAUAACAAUUGGGAUUAUAUUGAAUGUGCAGCUGGUACUACAUGUUUUGCCUAUGAUUAUGAUAACACUGUGCUCACGCAAUGUGGAUUUUCAAACUUGAAAUCACAGUUUUUAUAA